AUGAUUGCAGGCGGUAUCUUUGAGCUGUCCAAGCGCAGCAACAUACAGCUGCUGCUGAAGCUCAGGCUUGGGAACGUGGUCUGCGAGCUGCUUGCAUCAGCCUUUGGCACAUACGUGCUGCUUGCUGUGGACGUGAGCUGCAAGGUGAAAGAGGUGGUGAUCUUUAACCCAAAGAAGGAGGUCCUCAUCCUAGUCAUCCUCACCUGGGUCUUCCAGAUCGUCAUCCUGCUCAACAUUCUUGUGUGGUACAAUGCGUGGCCGGAGCAUCAGGGCGCAGAUGAAUGGGAGCGCCGCUUCUUGUGGCUCGGGCGCUGGAUCUGCUGUCAGUGCGGGAGGGAGCCAGCAGCGGAUGAGGAGAGGCAGCGGUCGCUGCGGCGGAUAGCACGGUGGGUGACGCGGUUGCUGGGGCGCGCUGAUCUGACGCCGUCUGACACCGCACUAUCACUUAUUCUAGUGGCCACCCUGCAGCGCCAGGCGCGCAGGGAGCGGAUACGGCGGUGCGUGGCGGAGGCGGCUGAGGGGGAGGGCACGCGGGUGGAGGCCGUUUCGCUGAUGGAACGCGCGCAGACGAUACGCGCGCUGCCGAUAUCGACCUCCGGCCGCGGGUCGCGCGAGCUGCUGCAGGGGCCGUCGAGCAGCAGCCCUGUGCGGGGGGAAGUCACAGAGAAGGACGUGCUGAUAGACAUCCAGGUAGAAAUAGCGGAGGAGGCAGUGACACUGAAGCAGAUAGAUGCCUCGCUGACCGCGGGUGCUACGGAGAGCAGUGUGGCCGUCGGCGCUGCAGGCGACGAGGAAGAAGCCCUGCUGCAUAGACACAAGAGCCCCGAGCCAGGGGAGACGGGGGCUGCUGAGAGCCUGCGCGACACGGGCCUGGAAGGGCCGGGCAGGCCCUUGGGCAAGUUUUUGCGCCAGAUGGCGCUGCUGCGGGAGGCCUGCAUCACCCCCUCCGGCAUGGACGAGGAGCUCAGAGGUUCCAUGUCUCAGGAGCAGGCGACGCAGCUGUACACGGGAGGGCACUGGAAGGUGGAGGCAGCCGUCCUGUCAGAGGUGGAGCACUUCAGCAGAUUUGCGGCAGGGGUAUAUGGGUACGGGGGCGAGCGCAGCAGCAACUGGUGGGUCUCGAUGGCUUCGGCGCUGAUCGGGCGGGAGACCAGCGAGCGAGAGGAGCGCAACCUGGAAGUCCUCAACAGGGCUGACGUGAAUUCGCUAGUGGAGCGGCUGUACUAUGAGAACGUGAUCCGGGAGCUGGGGGACAGCAGUGAGAUCAUCUACCUGUCAGUCGCCAACGCAGCGCUGUCACACCUGCCCUACCUCAUUGCCCUGGACCACCAGAGCAGGCGCGUUCCCUCCCUCGCAAACCCCCCAACUCUGCGCAGCAGGGCAAGUUGCCCUGGACCACCAGAGCAGGCGCGGUCGGUGGUGGUGGCGCUGCGGGGGACCACGUCGGUGGAGGACAUAAUCACGGACAGCGUGGCAGAGCCGGUGCGCCUGGAGCCCGACUGGCUGCCGGGGGAGAUCAGAGCGCGCGACGGCUCCGGCGGGCACCUGUACGCACAUGCCGGCAUCAAGGCGGCAGCCGACGCUGUUCUGAAGGACAUGGAGGACAACAAAGUAUUGGGAGCGCUGCUGCGCGGUGACUACGGCGACAUGUCCAAGUCAGCGGCGGAGGAGGUCAUGUCCAAGGAUGCUGGAGAGGACGCGGAGGCGCGGGCGCAGCAUUAUGUGGCGGCGUUGAUGCAGAGGAAGCUGGACUGCCGCGACUGGCGCCUCGUGCUCACCGGGCACAGCCUCGGGGCCGGCGCCGCCGCUCUUAUGGCCCUGCACCUCUCCGGCCGAUUCCCCAAUGUGCACUGCUGGGCGCUGAGUCCGCCCGGCGGCCUGAUGAGCACUAAUCUUAGCCGCCUGGUGGAGCCGUUCGUCACCAGCGUAAUAGUCGGCAAGGACGUUGUUCCGCGUGUCUCCGUCGUCAACCUCGGCCGUCUCAUCGACCAAAUGGUGACGUCGCUGGCGUUGUGCAAGCUAAACAAGAGCGACGCGUUCCUGCGCGGGCUGACUAAGCGCAUGCGCCACGAGCACACCGGCGACCUCUUCUGGCGCUACGCAGAAGUCCCCGAAGAAGCCAUGCAGGUCCUGCAGGCGUACAACGCUGGGCUUGAGGUGCGCAGCCGCAUGCUGGAGCUGGUCCCCCCGGGACGAGUCAUAUUUCUGCGGCCGCUGAAGCGGGAGGGAACGCGCGCCGCGUGGGACGCCGUCUGGGUCAAGGCCGAGGAGGUCAUCCGCGAGGGCAUCCUGGUGUCGCCGCGCAUGGUGGAGGACCACAGCUGCGUGGCGCUUCAGGCCGCGCUGCGACUGGCGCUGCAGCCUGCAGGCUCCGACGCGCCGACAGCUGGCGCCUUUGGGGAUUAUUUUCCGCCUGUGGUGCCCCCGGCGGAGCAGGAAGACGAAGCGGAAGACAAGUCCCCAGUCUGA